AUGGCUGCACCUGACGCACCUUCUGAUCGUGGUCCAUCAUUGCUAGACCCAAACUGCCGGAAAGCAAAAUGUUACGGCCCAUCUAGGCUCAGUAGUGGAAGCCAAGGCCGAGCGGACGCAACCUCAAAUCCUCAAUACGGCCCAAACACAAGGAGACUCGGUUUUCUUCACUUUUUCCACCCCUCACCGUGCUCGAGACUCGGCGUGCUAAUGGCGGCGGCGGCGGACCUCGCGCAGAGCAAACGGGCCAUGGCCUACGCGCUCUGCAAGCACCUCAACAUCGAUCCGAACACUAUAUCCAAUACAAGUAUCGAAAAGAGUGAUAUUGCGAGCCUGUUUUCACAUAUUGUGAACACAUCUCAGGAUGAGGUGACGAAGUGGGUAACAUUUUCCAGCGAUUUUGCUGGGAACAAUGGAAAACAGCAUACAUUGCUUGCUAAUCUCAAUCAAGAUUUGUCCCAGAAGUCUGUACUACUGUGUGAUGGUUUUAAACCAUCAGUUGCUGAUAUUGUUGUGUUUGCAACUGUACAAGAUUUCAUGAGUCUUAUUAGCAACAAUGAAUCGCAGAAAUAUCCACAUGUAUUGCGGUGGAUGGACCACAUUCAGAACGUUGUUGAUUUUGGUACAUCUUUGCAAAAGAUAAAUGUGACCAAAUCCGUCUUUGAUCCACCUUCUCAUCCAAAGAAAGCCGAUAAAGGAGAUGCUGAUCCAAGUUCGAAGAAAGCAGUUUCAGGACAGAAGAUCUCUGACAAAUCAAAUAGAAGUGCUGACUCCAAGAAAGCUGCAGGGGAGAGUAAGGCUCUUGAAGAUAAAGAGAAUCCUAAUGCUGCGAAAAACGACAAACACUCUGGUGAGAAAAAUAAAGUAGCAGCUAAGUCUACAGGAAAAACAACAGAGAAAGCUGCAGAGAAGGCUCCAGAGAAAACUGCAGAGAAGGAUUCGGAGUGCAAUAUCAGUAUCCUCAAUAUACAGGUUGGCCUUAUCCGGAAAGCGUGGAAGCACCCAUCUGCUGACAGCCUUUUGGUGGAGGAGAUAGAUUUGGGAGAUGGCAAUGUGCGUCAAGUUGUUAGUGGUCUUGCAAAAUACUACAGCCCGGAUGAACUUGUUAAUCGGCAUGUUGUUUUAAUCACGAAUGUGAAGCCUGGGAAGCUGCGGGAUGUCAUGUCUGCUGGAUUGGUCCUGUGUGCUUCAACUCAAGAUCUUACAGUUGUGGAGCCCUUGAUUCCUCCAGAAGGAGCCAAGGUGGGAGAACACAUUUCAUUUGCUGGGUUCGUCGGGAAGCCUGAGGAUGUUCUAAAUCCAAAGAAAAAGCAGCUGGACAAGAUUACACCGCAUCUUCGUACUGACGAGAAUGGAAUUGCAACAUUCAAAGGGAUACCCUUUACUACAUCAGCUGGUCCAUGUAGAUCUUCAAUUCCAAACGCGAACAUUAAGUGAGCAGCUCAUUAGACGUGUUGAUUGCACACAUUGACGUACUAAAACACAUGCGAGGUGGCUGUACCAUUUUGCCUUGCAUAUUGUUUUGCCCAUAUUAAGUGUUGCUAAAUUUCAGAAGACUUCUAAUAUCUGUAAGCAAUUUUUUACUAGUGGCUAUGCACAGAUUUUUUUUAAUGUAUACCUUCACGCAAAAAUCAAAUAUCCUUGGUGCGCGCA